AUGGCUGUCACUCAGGCCGCCCUGCCGUCCUUCAGCUCCUUCUCCAGCAUUUCACAAACGACUGACAAAAUGAAGGUGUGGAAGUCUGACGAUGGGCCUGUCCCUCUGAGCAGCUCUGAGCAGGUUCAUCUCUGCCCACAGGCAACAGACGAGCUCCUGGAUGAUGAGAGCCAAGCAUCCUGGGACAUCGAGUUCCUGCUGUCUGAGUGGAGCAGCCCUUCGUCUGACCUCAACCUCAGCGCUUUGGACGUCCAACCCAACCUGGACACAACAUACCAAAUGGUGAACGUGUUCAAGGACCAAACUGGACCGGAGAGCCUGCAGGUGAACGGUGGCGGCCUGGCUGAGCUCCUGGCUCCUGCUGAAACCCCGGCGGUGCAGCCGGAGCGGUAUCACCAUGGUUACAGCCAAGACCAAACGUGGAUUUUGUUCCCUAACACACAGAAUGUAAAUCAGUUUGAAAUCCCUCAAGGAGGGGGUGCUGAGAGACACUGCAGAGGAGGCCUCAGGGACUUCAACACCUACUACGCUCAGCAGCACCCCCCGGUGGUGACUCUCCCCAACAGCAGGUUCAUCCCUCCACAGGUCGUGACCCCCGACCCCCGACACUACGGCUACAUGCCCCACUUUAACCCCAACCUUUACAGCGAAUACCCCCACACCCAAGCCACGGCUCACACGCCCCAUCACCACCAGCAGCAGAUGCUGGUCAGGCCUCACCUGCCCCCCGGUGGGGUGGAGGGGAAGCGCGGCCGGAGGCCCGCUGGGAAAAAGAGGCCAGCCAUCCACAGCUGCGAGUACCCCGGCUGCAGCAAGACCUACACCAAGAGCUCCCACCUCAAGGCCCACCUCCGCACUCACACAGGGGAGAAGCCUUACCAGUGCUCAUGGGAAGGCUGCAGCUGGAAAUUCGCCCGCUCAGACGAACUGACGCGUCACUACCGCAAACACACGGGUCAGAAACCUUACCAGUGUCUGCUGUGUCAGAGGGCCUUCUCCCGCUCAGACCACCUGGCUCUGCACAUGAAGAGACACACCUGACGUUCACAGCCUUCACUUUCAAAAGAAAUUCACAGAUAAGCUCAUCUUACACUAAAACAAAAAACACAGAUUAGAGUUUAAUAUUAAACGACUGACAACGUGGAGCCAACAGGAUUAUUCGUUUUCUCACUUUGAGGACCUUCACUCCAAGCAAAAGACUCAAACCCCAGAAAUAUUGGGUUUAGUUCUUUUAUAGUUCAAUUCAAUUCAGUUUAUUUAUAUA